CUUCUGUUCCAGGCGGAACCCUGCGCGUGGGACCCGCCAACCCGGAAGCCGGCGGAUCCCUGAGCGUGGGACCCACCAACCCGGAAGCAGGCGGCAGCUCAAGAUGGCGGAGACACACUGCUUGCAAGACCUGAGACAGAACACUGCAUUGGCAUCUAAAGUCUUCAUACAGAGAGACUACUCCAGUGGAACUGUGUGCCAGUUUCAGACUAAGUUCCCUUCCGAGUUGGAGACCAGGAUUGACAGGCAGCACUUUGAAGAAACCAUCAGGGUACUAAACAACCUUUAUGCGGAGGCUGAGAAGGUUGGGGGACAGUCCUAUGUGGAGGGCUGCUUGGCAUGCUUGACUGCUUACACCAUUUUCUUGUGCAUGGAGACCCAUUAUGAGAAGGUGUUGAAAAAGAUCGCUAAGUACAUUCAGGAACAGAAUGAGAAGACAUAUGCACCGCGAGGCCUUAUCAUAGUCGAUCCAAUUGAAAGAGGAUUGAGAGUUAUUGAGAUCUCCAUUUAUGAAGACAGAAGUUUCAGUAGUGGAAGAUGAAGUGUGGAAAAACUAAGUGGGACCAAGGCUGCCAAGGAUUUGGGCUGCUUCUGCUGGGUAUCAAUUCUGCACCGAACACGUACCCUACCUCGUCUCUGGACUAUCAUUCCACAAACUCUUAAGGACCUUGGUGCCACUUUAAACAUGGAUGUUUUGCAAUCUGCUGUAUCCUCAAAUGAUGUAUACUAUGUGAGGGGUAGGUGGGGGGAGGCAAAUAAUGAUUGUGAUCAAAUUGUAAUCUUUUCUGAAUUGUUUUCUUUUAAAAAUUAAAACAAUUUAUAUAAUAACAUCACCAGAAGACCAUAAGAAAGAGUUGGAGGAAGUGUUUGGUUGUAUGGUGGUGAUGCUCUCUGGUAGUGUAAGUUCAUAGCUGUCUGAACCUUGGAUAUUCAUCCAACACUAAUCGAAGAUGCUUUCUUUCUUAGUGGGUGGGACAAGUGGAGUGGGUCAGUGUGAUACAAUUAACCCUAAGAGUACUGGAGGUUUUUGACACCUCAGUCAAAACUAACAUUUUAGUGCUCCUGAUUUUUUUUUUAAAUUCCAAGAAGCUGUAACCAGUUGGCUUGGCAGGGUAAAACGCUACCAGGGAUACGAUGAUGCUGUCAAAGCUAAGAGGCCUCAGCAUAGCUGGCUAAUCUCAGCUGAGGCAGCAGAUUGGGCAGCAAAAUUGUCCAAUGUUCCUGAUAUCGGGAGGUGAAAAUUUUUUUGGGUUGUUUCAUCAGUACCCCUGAUGGAAGAAGUGGGUGUCCAAGUUUUGGACAGGAUUGUGCUGUGAUUGGGCAUUGGUAGAUCUUUUCAACAAUCACUAGCUGAGCUCACAGUGAUCCUGUAGUUAAGCAAGAGUUAAAACCUGGAGAGAAGACAAAGACGUUGAGUGUUUUGAAUGGAUUGGGAACUGAGAACCUGGGAGAUUGGGAAAGUGCUGAGACAAAGGAAAACCUUGGGUUCUUCAGGAGCUUUGUCACAAUGCAUUGUUAAGGGAGAAAUGAAGAUUGCUCAGAAGCAUGCUUCAAAGCUGUGAAGACAAUGAAGGUGUUCAAUGGACAUCCAAACCAUGAAAAUAGAAUACCCAAUGAUAUCUUAUACCUUUGGUCGCCAGACUCAGAACGUGUUGGCAUAGACCCCAUUUGUGGUUUUUUUUUAGCAACUUGGGCAAUUCUUAUAUUUUUUUCAAAGUAAAUUUCUGGGCAUUUUCUCAGUAAAGGUUUCACUGUUGGCACUCCUGACUGAUGUAUGGCUGCCAUGCUUACCGAAUGUUGCAGAUACUACCACAAGAGGCGAUUGCAUUACGUCAUUGAGAUGGCAGGUUAGGGAUGGAGUACAAGCAGGGUGGAUAGGUUUGCAGACAAAUGUGUUCUAACGAAGUUUUUGUGUAUGCGUGUGUUUGUGCAAGAAAGCUGACUUUCAGUUUUAUGUAUUUGCAUAAAAGCUUGGAUUGUACUCUUACAAUGCUGAGCCAGAUCUGGGAGUGGUACUAUACUGGCCGAAGUGCUACCAUUUGCCACAUGCAUCACCAACAUCUGUUUUUUCUAAAACACACCCCCCAUUGAUAUGUACAAGCCAGAAAUAGCCAGGGAUUCCAACAACUGUCCCCCUCAAAAAAGGACAUUUUGAAAUCGAAGAGCGAAAGCACAUCUACACGACCACAAAUGUAUUUUUAAAAGCCUUGAGAAGGAGCAUUCAGUACUCUUAGUGGUUAAUAACUCAUCAAUGCUUUAUCACAACAUGUAGCUUUUAGCUACUUGGGCUUAUUUCCCAGGGGGCUUUGUGGCUCGCUAAGAUUAGCUGAUUUAAAUGUUUGCUUAUUUGCGUUUUCUCUUGUAACUUACAAUACAAACAUAGUUUGUGACAACUUUAAUGCCACCUUAUGGAUCUGCAUAGUUUAUAAAUACUUUUGAUAUUUUUUUACAGUCUUCGUUAAGGUUUUCAAAGAAGUAAAAAUGUGAGAAAAUGCUGGUUGCACUUUGUCACAAACCAAACUAUGUUCACUGUUGUGCAGACUGUUCUUAGCAGUUUUGCUGCUUGUUAGUGCAUCUAAAGAAAAUUACAAAGCCUGACCUUGAUCCCGGGAAAAUAAUUUGAACAGAGUCCGAGACAAUUGGCUGUCAAUCAUGUCUGACACUAAAUCUGACCUUGUGUGACCCCGGGAGCACAAAAGGGAAGGGGUUUGAGUUGUGCAGUGGAGUAGAACGAACAGAACAUUGACCUUUUCAGUUCCACGAACCUGGGUUUCAGUCUAGCUCAGACUGGCAGACUGAAGGUCUCUUCAGGGCGACUGUGAAGGGGAGGCUGGGUUGGGUGCAGGGGGGUGGGGGGAUGGUGUCAAGCCAGUUCCCAGUGGACACAUGUCCAUAGCACAAAACUGCCUGUAAUUUGACUGGCACUAAUUGGGCAAUCUCACUCUGAGAGGCCACAGGCAGGGUCAGCACAAAUCAACAGGAGAUUUUUGUUUAAAAAUCUGCAGAACUUUUCAAUUUAACUCUAUUGGUGUGCGUUCUUUCUCACAUUCUCAUUUAUUUUCAAAAAUGUUAUAUAACCAUUUUAAAAGAACAAAUGAGUUGACACUUGAAAAAUAUCUUAAAUUUUUCCACACCAAUCUCAUUAAGUUUAAUAGAUUGAGAUUCUGAAUUCAGUUUUGACAUUGGUAAAGGUUUGUGCUGAGCUUUAGACUGGAAUCUUCAAAUGUCUGUGAAGUGACCAAUGGGCUCUCUCAAUCCCAAUGUGUUUUCCUUUUGAAAUAGGACAUUCCAGAAAUGGCACUAGAUUUUGUUAUUUCAAAAAUUAAGUUUUUUGAGCUACCAGUGGACUGGGGAGAAUUUCAUGUGUGACACGUGUUUAUCUUGCUACUGGCCCUGAGGGAAUAGUGGUGAUGUGGGAAGUAGAAAUCUCUCCAUCGCUGUGAGUGUUGUGGUAAUUUGUUUGCAGCUGGUGUGUCAGAAGACUGUGUAUCCCACGUCUUAUCUGUGCAUUACCUUCCCUGCGAACACCUGGAGAUGUAUCUGAAUGCCAGGUCAAAUUCACUCCCGAAAACUGCUAUCCUUUAUGCGUUUAUCAGUUUCUUAUCACAGAAGAAAAUUCACCUGAAAAUAAAGCAAUAAUGUCAUGUUACAACUUCUGUUUUGUUAGUGUUUGAGGCUGAUUAUCCAGGACGUCAACUUUUAAAGGCAGGCGUUCUCGGCUAAGUCCACUUGAGUAAAGCUGAGAGACUUGAUACUAGUUUUAAAUCUUUGGGGAUGAGAAAAUAAGUUAAAUGCAUAAUCGAAUGAUAGGAAACUUUAUUUUUUGCAUUUCUAACAUGCUUAGAUGAAAAUUAAAAAUAAAACACAUUGGUAACAUUGGAUGCCUGUGGAACAUGACCAUUGCAAGUUGUGGUGUUGGUGUCUGUAUUAAGAUUUUUUGCUCUGGGUAAAGAAAAGGCAAACUGCCUCUCACACUAAGAAGGCAAAAGAAUUCAGACCACUUCCAACUCAGUUCAUCACUGUGGGGUGAGGUAGAAAUGGCAUAGCGGAGUAAAACUUUGUGAGUUGUUUCACUGCAUCUGACAGGUCUGAAGCUACACUCGGACUUUGAAUUGUUGCAGGAAUGGCUGACUUCACAACUAUUUUUCUGAUCUUGCAGUGGGUUGAGUUUUGGAAGAUAUCUAAAACUCAGCUGUUCUGAUUUGUCUUCCAAACUUUGAAGAUAUGAUAGAAGCACUGCUAGAAUCCAUUGGACUUGGCCUCACGGGAGAAAGUGAAGAAACUAUUGGUUUCUAGUUGUUUUUAAGAAGUGGACUUGAAAUCUUACUGUCUUGACCUACUUGUGGGGCACAUCCCAACCUUAUACACUUGGGGGGGAAAAAUCACUCACCCUGAAAUAAGCCACACCAUCUAAUUCAUUUGCUUUAAUGAAAGCGUGAUCUACAGGCAUCUUAACAUGGUAAGAAGACAGUACUUAGAAGACUUGAGUUACACAACCAAGCCAGACAUGCUAGUCGCAUAUUUUUGUAUUCAUUAAGUGUACCUGUUGAUGUGACUAGAUUUCUAGGAGUUUUUAAUGAAAACCAAUGUGAAAUAUGGGAGCAAUUUUCUUGUAUGCAGGUGUCAUUUGAUGUGCUGGUACUGUCACAGGUAAGGCAAUGGACAGAUGAAACUUUUGAGGCUUUUAAAAGAAAACAAAAUAAAUGAACGGAAGCUUAUAUUUAAAAUGAAGUAUGCAAAACCAUACCUAUUUAAUGUAAUCUGUAUGAAACCACUCCAAUAGGCAUUGAGUUUGAUGCUUAUGUAGAAUAAAUAUUGUGUAUGAAAGGCACUGCUGUCAGAUCUUUGACAAUUGUUCUGUAACUUGGGUGAAAUUAGUGCAGCACCUUCUGAAACCUAGCAUAACUCGAAAGAACCUCCUUGUUUAUAUUGUGUGCCUGUCUCCAAGAUGUUUUGAUUCUAUUUUAUUACUGUAUGCUGGAGUCAAACAUGCUGUUUUUAAAACCUGUCCUUUGAUACAAGUUCACUUGCUUGUUAAUAUAUUGGUUUUUGUUUUCUAUCUUUACUGAUUAAAAUAAAUAAAAUGCUUCUACAAAA